AUGAUCCGCGCGGCUAACGCGCAUUCGAAGCAUCCUUGCUCCUUCAAGAUAAGGCCACAGAAGGAUAAACACUCUGGCAAGGCGGGGGCCCUGGCUGAGUUCUCUCACCUCCUCAAGAUGAAUGGCAUGAACUCAGCUGGGAUUACGGAGAUCUAUCGUCAACACCUGCUGCAACAAGGAAUAGCUGUGUUGGAGGUGCAGCCGGAAGCGGGCAUGCAGCUAGAGGUCAAGACGAAGAGGAGAAAUCAAGUACUGGUCAAGAGUAAAGCACAGAAGGGAAGGUUCACCAGAGAGGAAGCUGAACAGAUCUGCGACGGUGAGGAUCUCUCCAUGGGCAUGACAAUUCGAGGACUGAGACGGAUCGUGGCGAGCUGGAAGGAGUCGGCGGCUGAUCAAAUCGACAGGAUCUCCUCGAAAGAAGACGCAGAGACCAACAGCUGGAACGGGGAACAUCUAGUGCUCAGCUUCUCAGAGUCCUUUGCGCCAUGGGACAGGGCAGGGAAACUCCUUCUCUUAGAGCCGGGCAGUGCUAACAUCUGGGAAGCGAUCGCUACAGAACCCCCCAACGGAGCUGGAGGAGACUGUCAACCAGGGACAGAGUGCAGAAAAUCAAGCUUGCAAACUCAGGCUCGAUGGAGCCAUAGCUGGCCUGUACGACAGCUUGUCAACUCCUGGAAAUGA